CUCGACCUCACCUAGUUGAACAGGUGAGAAAGAAAGACAGACACUAAUUACCUGGAUUGAAGUACCUGCCCAAGUGAGUGUCAGACAGAUAGAGGGAGAGGGAGAACUAGAUAUUGAGUGAGUGCUAGUGUGAGCUAGUGAGAGAGACAGAGGGACAGUGAGAGAAAGACGGAAAGUAACGUUACUUACCUGUAGGAAGUCAGAUUAAAUUAGGUUGAAUGAUUUAAAUUUCGUCAUGUCUCCCUUAAGAUCUUACCAGCUCUUGGUUAUUUUGAUCUUCAUAACAGUGUCUAUUAAAUACACUGAUGCCAUAAUGUGCCAUCGCUGCUACAGUGCCAUGGGUGGUUGUGGCUACGAUGUUAACUGGCGAAUGUAUCCGUGGCGGUCUUGCCCUAACUCCGAGUUUUGUGUCAAAGUUAUGGAAAAAGUUGGAAGUGAAUAUAAAAUCAUUCGUGAAUGCGAACAUGAAUUGGAUAAGAAUGUCCGCCAUCGAUUGAUGAUGCCAGUUUUGAGACGCCAUGGAUACUGUGAGCCUGCACGGAAAAACGAUCCUCGCAACCCAUCAGUGUUAACAGAUUCUUCAAUUCAGUAUUGUUUCUGUAAAGACUGGAAUGGCUGCAAUACUGCAACUCCACUACAGGGAUUCACUCUUUUGAAACUAAUUUCUGUUUCCCUCACACUUCUUUUGGUUCUACAUUAAUUCCACCUCAGAAGUCAACAGCAAACUUCCAAAUAUUUUGUAUAUCAUUUUUUAAAAUAUUUUUUUAUAAUUCCAUGUAUAUAUAUAUAUACUUUGAACUCACAUAUCAGCCGUCACUAUAACUGUUUGUUAUGUAUAUAUGUGUGUAUAAUAUAUAUAUACUUAAAGCUGCAAAAACAUCACAAAAACACUACUACUAGGAGUUUCACCUUCCAGUUUGUAAGACGGUUGUGAUUCAGAUUGGGACAAGAAAUAAGUCGUAUUCACAAUAUAUAAUGGACAGACACACUUUCAAAUGUGAAUUGCAUUAUAAUAUAUUAUAUGUGUUGCAUAUUUCUUGUUCCAUUCUGAAUCCUGAAUCACAACUGUUUGAUGAACAGGAACAUGAAAAUCUGAGUAUCAGUGUUUUUUCAAUGUUUUCGCAGCUUAUAUACAUUUGUGUGUGUAUAUAUAUGUAUGUGUGUAAUGUAUACGUUUGUGUGUGUGUAUAUACAUGUUUGUGUGUAUGUAUAUAUCAUCAUCAUCAUCAUCAUCGUUUAACGUCCGCUUUCCAUGCUAGCAUGGGUUGGACGAUUUGACUGAGGACUGGUGAAACCGGAUGGCAACACCAGGCUCCAGUCUGAUUUGGCAGAGUUUCUACAGCUGGAUGCCCUUCCUAACGCCAACCACUCAGAGAGUGUAGUGGGUGCUUUUACGUGUCACCCGCACGAAAACGGCCACGCUCGAAAUGGUGUCUUUUAUGUGCCACCCG